AUGUUCAAGCCAGUGACUCGUUCCCAUAAACUCAAUGACCGUGAUCACCCCGUCGAUGGCGUGACUCGUGACGCCUUGCCACGUUACUUUGCGAAGUCAGGCCCAACUGACGCUGACCCUCGAAAGACUAAGAAAGAUGGGGGUGGUAAAGGCAAUUGGGGCCGUUCUGGGGAUGAAUCCCAGGACUAUGGUUACAACUUCACCAAUACCCGACGCCGCUCGAACAGCAGCAUCCAGGGUCUUACUGACUUCAGAACGAAGUUUGAAACCGUCGAGCCUGAACCUGUCUUCGAGGAAAAGGUUCACGGCGCUUCCGAUGUGGAAACGGGGAAUGAAAGUGCGAUGAGCAAAGUUGAGUCUACUAGCAGCAGCAAUGAUAGUGAGUUGGAACAUGGAGGCAUCUGA